CUCGAGCCCAAACGGCAGUCUCGAAAGGGCUCCCAUCACUGGCAUCAAAGGGCCAAGGAACACGACCCCAGGGCAUCCAGUCCCGCGAAGGCACGCACAAGCCUGCCGAGCCGACUCGUAUACGGCCGUCUACGAUCAAGGAGACGUCGUCUCGACAGGAUCCGUCGGCGCUAUAGAGCAGAGGUCGCAAGCGCAAGCAACCGAUCGAAGACGCAGUCGAGCCCGGUGCGGCCCGAGAACGCCAUAGACCGGAGCGACAACGGAUAUCCUCUACACGCCCUGCUGGAGAUACAGUUGGCGAGACAGCGAUUGAUAACGGCGCCCCUGGACGCAUUGACCCGGUUGCUUACUGGGUAAAGGAAGGGUACUGACCAGAGGAGCAGCACUGGCCAGAGGAACAGCACUAGCCAGAAGAGCCCCCAAAGAUGGAUUCCACUAUGGACCGUCUACUUGCGCGGAAGAAAUCCUCGUCCAAUCUAUCCUGGGAGCGAUCGAAUCUUACUUUGUCAAGCACGCCCAGUGACCAGAAGCCGAGGGAGGAGAAGAGCGCGCCAUAUCGGGACCAGCGUUAUGAGACCCUGCUCGAGCUCAAAGGCAACAGCUAUAUGGCCAAAGAUCCUUUAGGAUUAUCCAGCGCUAGCAAAGAUCUUUGUCGGUCUCUGCUCGAGAAGCCCCAGCCGGUUCCGAGCGAUACACUCUUCCGAGAUGACAUCUUCGAAACAACGUGCCAGAAGAUACAUAAUAGAAACGAGUCGCGGGUGAUUCGAGAUAUUAGUCGGCUUAUUGUCCCUUCAGCCGAAAGUCUUGCUACAUUUGGUGCAAAGCACCUUAAUAUCCUGACAGAGAGCGUCAACGAAGGAUGGAAUAACUCGAUCCCUAUCACAACCCCCCGUCCCCAGCCUGACUACUCUGUUGGGUUCAGGCGAGAUGCAUUUACCGAAGACCAGCUUGCCAAACUAUCGCCAUUUAUUGGCGACUUUAUCACCGGGGACCAGUCCUUCUUUAUGGCCACGUACUAUAUAUACUUCCCAUUCCUGACCUGCGAGGUAACAGCGCUCGAUAUCGCAGAUCGCCAGAAUGCUCACAGCAUGACGCUUGCGGUGCGGGCCGUCGUCGAGCUCUUUCGCGCUGUAAACCGUGAGAAUGAGGUUAACCGGAAGAUCCUUGCAUUCUCUGUCUCCCACGACCACCGGUCUGUACGGAUCUAUGGGCACUACCCGGUAAUAACUAGGAAAGAUACUAAGUAUUACCGGCACCCGAUCCAUACCUUCGAUUUUACCGCGCUUGACGGAAAGGACAAAUGGACGGCAUAUCGAUUUACGAGGAAUGUCUACGACGUAUGGAUGCCCAAGCAUUUCGAAAACAUCUGCUCCGCCAUCGAUCAGUUGCCGUCGGAUUUGGACUUUGUCCCACCGCUCUCUGGGGCAACCGGACUUUCCCAGGAUUUAGGGAACUUGAUGUCGGAGGCCGGCUCCGCUUCAGAGCACGCUGCGCAGCAGGGUGUCACUCCGGACACCUCAUUCACAGUGCCGGAGGGUGGAAAGAAGAGGAAGCGAUGAGACAAGAUAUUGGCCUUACCUGUACAGGCGGCCGGGCCUGACGAACGGCGCCGCGGCGAAUGUGCUGACGUCGCUGGUGUCGGAGGGCCCCGAGAUCGAGCAGAAGAGGCGGGACUUGCGGGUGGAGAAGCGAGACGCUGGGCUGGGCCAAUGGAUAUCAUUGUGAAUUUGGAGAGGCGCCGGAGGGAGGCGUAGACGGUGGUGGUGAAGUGGGAGAGCGGGCGUCGUCAUGGACAUUUCGGGGAGUGACGGCAGGACCGAGAUGCUUCUGUCAGGCACAAUCAGCAUGGCAUUAAUUAUGGCAGUUGAGCCUUCUACUCACGCGUCGGGAGCCAUGGCGAGUCGACCGUUGUGCCAUGAAUGAGAAAUUAUCCCGAGUAUAUCUGACCCGGGCGCCGCAACACUGGUGUGCUGGGGCAUCAUGCUCUGUUGCGAAUACCAGGCAAGCACGUUGUGGUAGCUUCGAGGAGGAAUGCCGAAAAGCAACGCG